AUGGUCAGUUUCGGAUCACCCAAGGAGCAGAAGAAGAACCACGAAGAGGUUGCUGAUAUUCCUCCUCAUCUUUCCGACUUGCAUUGUUUCACCGAAACUGACAAUUGCAUAACAACAACAAUGAUGGAUCUCCCCGGCUACCGCAUCACCAAAGUGCUUGGCGCCGUCUACGGCAUCACGGUGCGUUCGCGCAACAUCGCGGCGGGCAUCGCCAUGGUCAUCAAGAGCAUGGCGGGCGGCGAGCUGAACUGGUUCACGUCGAUGUUGUACUCGUGCCGCAACGACUCCAUCAGCAGAGUCGUCCAGGAGACCAAGCGGAGAGGCGGCAACGCGAUCAUUUGUUUACGAUUUGAGACGGGGGAUCUUGGAGGGUUUGCGCAGGCGAGUGCGUACGGGACUGCUUGUGUGGUUGAGAAGAUCGAGGGUGCGGCUGUGGAGGUGCCUCAGUUGACGCAUCAGAGGAGGGUUUAG